AUGGCUACUUCAAAUCAACCAACGAAAUCCGAUCAGCCUUAUGACUUGGAACCUCUGCAACGCGCUACACCACAGGGAGCCUUCAUCGAUAUCUCAGCAGCGCAAUUGAUGGGUCCGCGCACUCGCUGCCCUCCUCAAGUCUGGACAAAUAGCCAGUCAUCAUACGGAACUCAACAGACCUCACGAACCUGCUCGAGCAUAAGCACAUACCAGUCAUCAGCUCAAUCGUGGGUCUCGCCCACCUCGACAAUGUGCGAAAUGCCGGGACAUCUUGCCCUUGCGGAAUUGCCCAGUCCGUCUCAGCCAGUAUUUGGUAGUGCCUUGACAGAAUCCCCUGUUACUGAAGAUUUGCGUGGCUCUGCCCUCUCACUCGCCGUUGCAAAUAUAGACCUGGAUAUGGCCUUGAGUACAUCGUUGCGCCAUGACUCGUACGACAUACAGCCGAAUUGGUCGAUGGGCAAUCCAGACAUUGGUUUCACGACGCCCACCAAGUCAGACGUGGCGGUCCCACCUCCACAACCUGUUACGGAAGCGUUUGGUGAUGAUUUUAGGUUCGUGGCGCCUGGCUCCAUUCUAUGUGUUCCUGUCGACACAGAAAGACGGGUGUCAGGUUCCAGUAUUCAGGCACCAGAACCACACACUUUUGACUUUGAUUACCACGAACCCGAUGCGUCGCAGUCAUCUCCUUCCGCGUCACUGAGAUCGGAUCCAUAA